AUGACCAAACGCUUCUGUUUCUCAGGCAUCCUGGAGAUCACAUCUGUGGACGUGGGGGUGGUGGCGAUCCGAGGCCUGCACAGCAAUUACUAUCUGGCUCUGAACAGGAAAGGAGAAGUGUACGGAGCGAGAGACUUCAACGUGGACUGCACCCUGAAGGAGCGCAUCGAGGAGAACGGCUACAACACCUACGCCUCUUCGGAGUGGAGGAACCGGAAACGGCAGAUGUUCGUGGGUCUGAACGUUCACGGGAAGCCGCUCCGAGGAAAGAAAAGCCGCAGGAAGAACACGGCCACCCACUUCCUCCCGAUCCUGGUGCUUCCGGAGCUCGUCCUCCUCCCCCCCUCACCCCCCUCACUCCCCUCCCUUCGUCUGUACCCCCUCAUCCCACCCCCACCCCCCCCCCCUCCUCCCUUCGUCUGCACCCCCUCAUCCCCCCCCCCUCCUCCUCCCCUCGUCUGCACCCUCGUCUGCACCCCCUCCUCACGGUCCUAUCUCAGCAUCUCUCUGUAA